CACAUAUAUAAACACACAUAUAUAUAACAACAAAAUAAAAUAAAAGCAAUACAUAAUAUAUAUAUAGACAUCUGGCCAUAGAAAUGUCUAAGCAAAAUAUUAAUAAAAUAAUCUGUAUGGCUUCUAUCAACUGCUUAGAGUAAAUGCUAGAAGAAAGAAAGAAUUUAAAGACAGAGUUUAUCACUAAAAGGGAAGCAGACCAUAAAUACUUAGAAAAUUCUCAGCCUGGAUUGUCUUCUCCAUCUAAGACUCUCAUAAUGCUUAUAUUGUUUAGUUUGAUGGUGUUUCACUAUUUCUUUAUGUUCUGUAUACUUUUCUUCAUUCCUUCUUGUUUCUUCUACUCAGAUCAGAAAAGUUAAAUUGCUCUAUCUUCAAAUAUUUUCAAGAAAAGAAGACUUUUUUCUCUUUGAGCAAAUCUGCUAUUGAGCAUCCCUACUACAUUUUUCAUUGAGUUACUGUGCCUUUCCAAUCGAGAAUUUUCAUUUAUUCACUUUUUGUGAUUCUCUUUGUUAAAAUGUUGACUUUGUUCCUAUAUUAGUUUUCUGAUUCUUCUGAGUUUUUUGGGGGUCCAUAUUUUCCCUUAGCUCUUUGACUAUACUUCAAACAGUUGUUUUAUGGACUUAGUCUAGUAAGUCUAAUGUCUAGGUUCUAUUGGGGAUGAUUUCUGUCAGUUUAUUUUGUUCUUUUGAAUAAGCCAUGUCUUAACUGUUUCUUUGUAUACUUUGUGCUUUUUGUUGUUCCUGACAAUAGGCUAUUUGAUUAUUAUAAUGUGGUAACUGAGAACAUAUUCUCAUUCCUUCUGGUAAUGCUUUUGAAAAGUGUAAUUGUUGAAGGAUAUAAGGUAUUUGUUUAGAUAUUUUUCCAAACAAAUUUAGUCAAGACUAUCUGGUUGUGUGUGCUCGGUAAAGAUGCUGUUCCUUUAGCUUGCAUUAACUAAUGUUUUGGCAAAGGUUUCUUUAAUUAUUGGAGUAUUUUGAAGAUGGCAUUUUCUUGAUGUAUGUUUGUUUGUUUGCUGUAAACCUUUGAAUUUUUUUCCAAAACUCUUACACAGUUGAUUCAGAUAGCUGAAUUUCUAGGUUUUUUCCUUUUCAGUGUUUCUAUGGGGGAAGGAGAGCUUGCAGUUUUCUAGCCUGAUACUUUACUGAUCUCACUCUCACUUAAAACUUUUUAAAACAUCUGUGAUUUCAAAAAUAAUACAUACUAAUUCAUGAAAAGCCAGAUGAGACACACAAAGAGAGAACUAAAUUCAAGAUUUUUAGAAGACUAAACACAACACACACACACACACGAUUACUCAAACGUAACUCAUUUCUAGAAUUUGUCUGUACCCCCAAACAGUCCUCUUCACAUCAUUGAAAUUGUCUGCUAAUUUAUACAACAUUGUGACUGGGAGGUUUCCUGGCUGUAUCUUUUCAAUAUCUGUGAUAUUAUGAAUACACACACACACACACACACACACACACACACACACACAGGUUUUCAUCCAUAGUCCCUAGCUUACAAUGCCCACAACCUUGUUACAGUUUUGUUAUAAUUAAUGUUGGAGUGCUUUAGGCCUCAGAAACAGACCUGAAGAAACAGAAUUCCUCUCUUUCUCUGACCCUUUCCUGUCCUUUUUCACCUACCCAAGGCAGGACUAAUCUGAUUAUGGGGCAGAAGACCCUCAUUCCAGAGGGGGUCCUGCCCAAUAUCCUAAAGAAAGAAUGGUAAACACAGAGGCCAAGACUGAACAGACAGGCCUUGCUGGGUUUAGACCAUGUACUUUUUCCAAUCACAUUUUUACAUGGUUCUCAAUCAUGCCUCUGUAAUGAAGCCUCCACAAAAACUCAAAAUGGUAGGGUUCAGAGAGCUUCUGGAUAGCUGAACAUGUGGGGGCUCCUUGACGGUUGUGCACAAGGAGGGCAUGGAAGCUCUGUGCCCCUUGCACCAUACGUCACCCUAUGCAUCUCUUCUUCUAUAUCCUGUAUAAUACCCUUUAUAAUAACUGGGUAAGCAUAAGUGUUUUCCUGAGUUCCAUUCCAACAAAUUAACCAAACUCCAAAAAGGAGUCAUGGGAACCCCAAAUUGGAACUUGUUGAUCAGAAGUUCUGGAGGCCUACACGUGUGACUGGUAGCUGAAGCUGGUGACUAGAUGUCCAACCUGGGGGAUCUGACACUAUACCCAGGUAGAUGGUGUCAGAAUUGAUUUGAAGGACACAUAGCUGGUAUCUGCUGCUUGUUGUGUGUGAAAAAAAACCAAAAACACUUUUGGUCACAGAAGUCUUCUUUAGUGUUGAUUGUUGUUGCAGUGUGAGAGCAGAGGACAAAAAUGGUUUGACAGUUUGGUGAAAACAGUACCUGAAUAUAAAAAGCAGGCUAAUUAUCUUUCUAAUAUGACUUUCCUCAUGUCAUCCCCCCUCUUACAGAUUCCAGUCAAAAUUUCCCAUCACAUCAAAUAAUAAAUGGAUAACUAGCUAUUACUGCUCCCCAAAGGGCCCAACCCUUUUUAUCUGUUCCUAUCUUUCAAUAAUUAUUAAUAUACAUAUAAUGUAUAAAUUAGUACAUUUUAUAAUUCUUACCAUUAUAAUUACUUUUAUUCCUCUUUCUACUUUUACUACAUUACUUUCUUCUUAGAAAUUAGUUUUUUUUAUUGUGGCCAGUUUAUUUCAGGCUGAGAUCAACUCAUUCUUGUACUUUUAAAAUAUUUCUGACUGCACUGAAUUUAAAACAAAUCUUUCAAUGUUGCACACAACACAUUUAAAUAUUAAUAUAUUCUUCUUUUCUAAAUAUUACUUUGUAUAAAUCCUCCCAGCUAAAAGGUAUGAUUCAUAAGAGGAGAAAAAUAAAUGAGGUAAACUGCUUUAGGUAACUUCCUUAUACCAAAUUGAGUCUGUUUUCAUGCAAUUCUAUGUUAAAACUAUUUUUGAGAAGGAAAGGGAGAUGGUUUCUAAGAUAAUUUCAUGAUGUGCUAAUUCUAGAUUGAGUCAGAAAGAAGUUGAAGUCAAAUCCUUUAUAGAAAAUUAACUCUUGAGGUAUCCUUAGCUUAUGAUAAAACACACAGAUUUUAAGGGUGCAGCUUGAUGAGCUUUUAUUUGAAAUCACCAUUGCAAUCAAUAUAUUUGACUGAUACUUUACAUUUUUCCAGAAAGGUCUCUUUAUGCCCCAUUCCCCUGCUCAUACAUCUAGAAACUAAUAAUUACAUUUCUAUUUCCAUAGAUUAAUUUGAAGUAUCCUAGAACUUCAUACAAAUUAAAUCAUACAUUAACUACUCCAUUUGGUCUGGCUUGUCUCAUAAUUUCUUUGAAAUUCAACCUUGAUCUUGCAUGUUUCAGAAGUUUGUUCAUGUUAUAACAGAGGAGUAUUUCAAUGAAUGAAUAUAUCAGUGUGUUUAUCUAUUCACCUAUCAAGGACAAGUUCUUGGUUUCCGGAUUGUAGAAUACAUUUAUGAAUAAUGCUGCUAUGAACAUUCAUAGACAAGACUAUGUGGUAAGUUCCUAGGACUGAAAUUGCUGGAUCACAGUGUAGGUAUAUAUUAACUUGAUAAGAAUUAUAGUUACACACCCCAAUUUUUCUCAUGACAUUUUACUCUCCAGUUCAUCCAUUACCCUCAACUUCAUUUGAUUUCUAUAAUCUCUAAGUCUAUCCUCAAAAUUCCUUCAAGGAAAAGUUUCUACCUCCCUUAUUGAUUACGCUUCCCUCUUUUAAUUACAGGUUGAAUCCUUCCCUCAUUUAGUCUUCAGAAAAAUGUCCUUAAGUGUCCUAACCUUGCAUCAAACCCACUUACUCAUCAAACCCCACUUAUGACUUCCCUUAGAGGACAAGGGACAUUUCAGCUGUUAUAUGCUGCUCUUCUCAAUUCCUGCCAUUUUUUUCCUCUUCCUUUGACCCCCUGGCCUACCUCUCCAGCUCACUGAAAACAGCCUCCCCUGAUGAGCACACCAUUGUUAUGUAAUAGCCUAACCCUUCCCACUCACCUAUCAGGGGGUGCCAAGCCUGCAGACUCACUCUGCUUUCAUCAUAACUGCCCUGAGGAGAAGGCUGAAGACUGAGGAAUCCUCUUUGUGCCUCCCAUUUGAUUGCAUUUUCUUUGGUCAAAGGUUCCCUUAUUCAUGGGACCUGCCUGGGUCCAGGACCCCUUGACAGGUGCUCUCUGGCUGCCUGUCCUCUGGGCACUCUUGUCCCAGGUCUAUUGUUUUCAUGACCCACCAGGAUGGCGCUUUACCUCCUCAGAAAUUGUGAUCCCCAGGAAAGUGCCCCACAGGAGGCGUGGAGUUGAGAUGCCAGACCAACUCUCUUACAGCAUGCGUUUCCGGGGCCGAAGGCACGUGAUUCACAUGAAGCUCAAGAAGAACAUGAUGCCCAGACAUUUACCUGUUUGUACUGAUAAUGACCAGGGGGCCAUACAGGAGAACUACCCUUUUGUCCCACGAGACUGUUACUAUGACUGCUACCUGGAAGGGGUUCCUGGGUCUGUGGCCACAUUGGACACCUGCCAUGGAGGGCUGCGUAGCAUGCUGCAGGUGGAUGACUUGACUUACGAAAUCAAACCCCUGGAGGCUUCUUCGAAAUUUGAGCAUGUAGUAUCCCUGCUUGUGUCAGAAGAAAGACCGGGAGAGGCUAGUAGAUGUAAGACUGAAGGGGAAGAGAGAGAUCAAGAAUCUGAAAAGGUAACACUGGCUGAAACUCCCAGAGCAGGCCACGUUUAUUUGUGGAGGCAUCAUAGAAAAAACUUGAAAAUUCACUACACGGUUACUAAUGGAUUAUUCAAGCGGAACCCUAAUGUGUCACACAUAAUAGAGAAUGUAGUGAUUAUUAACGGCAUCAUACAUACCAUUUUCAAACCAGUUUAUUUAAAUGUCUAUGUACGUGUUUUGUGCAUAUGGAAUAAAAAGGAUAUAGUACAGUUUUAUCGAAUACCUGCAGGAACUGCUGUAGAAAAGUUUGGUUUGUGGAAAUAUUUUAGAUGGUACACACAAAUUGAACAUGAUACCUCAGUUGUUUUUACAGCAUAUCAACUUGAAAACCGGGACUGUUAUGCCCAGUUUAAUGGAAUAUGCAACCCCAACUGGGGAGCAAUGUUUGUGUAUUUAAGGAGGUAUCACAUAUUUAAGGGGGCAUGUUUAACAGCGCAUACACUAGGUCAUAACUUGGGCUUGACACAUGAUUCUGCUGGUGGUUAUUGUUUUCGACGAACCAACUGUCUCAUGGCUCCUGUUCCUGAUCUUAAUGAUAUGAUGAGCAAUUGUUCUUAUGAGCAGAUGCAAAACAGGUUAAAUAAAUGGGAUCCGUGUUUGAGUGAUCCAAAUGCUCCAUACACUAAUUUUCCUUAUGUAGCUCCUCGUUGUGGAGACAAGAUCAAAAAUCAGAGGGAAGAAUGUGACUGUGGCUCCCUUAAAGAUUGUGCCAAUGAUAGAUGUUGUGAGACCUCUUGUAUCCUUUCUCUUGGCAGUGUUUGCAAUACAGGACUUUGCUGCCGUGAGUGUAAAUAUGCUGCCCCUGGAGUGCUUUGCAGAGACUUGGGUGGUAUAUGUGAUCUACCGGAAUACUGUGAUGGGAAAAACGAAGAGUGUCCAAAUGACGUCUAUGUCCAGGAUGGAACCCCAUGUUCAGCAGUAUCUGUUUGUGUAAGAGGAAACUGCAGUGACCGUGAUAUGCAGUGUCAAGCCCUUUUUGGCUACCAAGUGAAAGACGGUUCCCCAGCAUGCUAUCAACAAUUGAAUAGGAUUGGUGACCGAUUUGGAAACUGUGGGGUUAUUCGACAGCGAGGGGGAAGUAAACCUUUUCCAUGUGAAGAAGAUGAUGUUUUUUGUGGAAUGUUGCACUGUAGUGGUGUCAGCGAGAUUCCCGGUGGAGGUGAGCACACUACAUUUCGUAGUAUAUUAGUACGCGACAUAAAAGAAGAAAAAUGCUUUGGCUAUGAAGCACACCAGGGGACAGACUUGCCAGAAAUGGGGCUGGUAGUGGAUGGUGCAACCUGUGGCCCAGGGAGCUACUGUCUUGAACACAAUUGUACUUUUUAUCAAGACCUGCAUUUUGAGUGUGAUCUUAAAACAUGCAAUUACAAAGGAGUAUGUAACAACAAAAAACAUUGUCACUGUGUGUUUGGGUGGCAACCACCAACAUGCGAACUGAGAGGAACAGGAGGUAGUAUAGAUAGUGGCCCUCCACCUGACAAACAAUAUCAUAUUGCAGGCAGCAUACUUGUGCAUACAAACCGAGCACUACUUUUAAUAUUUGCUCGUUACAUCCUUUCUGUUUCACUUCUCUUUGGUGGCUUUUCACAAGCAAUAGAAUUUAUGGAAAAGAAAGUAUUGAGAACUACUGAACCUGAGGAGUAAAUACUAAUGGGAGCCCACACAAUGGAGAAAAUCUCAUUGACACUUACUGGGAGUUAUAAUCAAUAGUCAUUAUGAUGGUUACAUCACCUCUUAGCAAUUUGAUGUCAUCUUGAAAUAAAAUCACUUGGCAAUUUAAAAA